CCGCAGCAACCACCAUAUUUCCCGGCCUCUCAGUCGACGUCCACAACCGCCCCCCAAUGACCACGCCAGCUGCUGCCUUGGACGGCUUGCGGCAUUGCCUUUGUCCCACAUUCAAGUAUGUCCCUGCGGGCGCCAGGAGUGCACGUUUGAGGGUCUCUGCUAGGCGGCCGACACCACUCUCUUCUGGAUUUGGCGCUGCGUCGCGCGCAUCAAGCACCCGCAUUUCUAGCAAUGCACCAUCAGAAAUCAAGCGACCGAGUUUCCUAAGGUCUGAGAGAAAUGGAUUGUUAAGGGAUCUCUCGUUUUCGGCGCUGGAAAACGCCGAUAUCAACGCUAUUUAUGAGCAUUUGCGACGAGCAGAAACCGAAUCUGGCCCUCUAUUCUGCAUGCAUUCGUUCAAAUUGCAAUGCGCAACAUGGCUCUGCCGCUGGUGCGGCCGCGCUGUUGAAAGAGAUGGGAGAAGAAGGAUUGGAGCCGACUGUAGAAAUCUGCCACGAUAUCCUCAAGGUAUUGGCGGUACAUCCGGAUUAUCUCCUUCGAAAUGCAAUUCUCGACUAUAUGCGCCAAAGAUGGUUCUCAUUACGAGCUGACGGCCACCAAGACGUGAUUGCUGGACUGCUCCGUGAAAGGCAGUAUGAGUUGGCCUUGGACCGCCUAGACACCAUGGUUCGAGAAGGCAUACGGAUUGAGAAAUGGCUCUACGAUAUGACGGUGUACAUGCUUUGUGACAUAGAGGAAGUAGAUGAGGCGCUUCGAAUCAUCAAGCAUCGUACAGAGUCUGGGGAAAUGCACAUUUCAAGAGGAGUGUGGCAUUGCCUGAUUGAUGCAGCCAGCAGUUGUCUCCAUCACGAAGCGACAGAGUAUGUCUGGAACCGACAAGUCAGAUCAGGUUAUCUAAAUCCUGCAUCGGGAAUAUGCUUCAAUGUUCUUACCACAGCAGCACGACAUGGAGACGCUGCUCUUGCAACAGAUGUCUUCCGUCUGUUGAGUGAUCGGAAGGAGAUUUUCACGCAGCAGCACUACGAAGUGCUAAUAGACACGUAUCUCUUCGUUGGUGAUAUCAGAACUGCUCUAUCCAUUCUAUGCAUCAUGCAUGAAACCAGUACUCCUCCGGAUGAGUAUUCUACGAGAAGAAUUUACAAGUGGGCGCGUGUUCACACCGGACGAUCUCAGGAAGCCUUUGAUAUUCUCAAGUCCCUCAAGGAAAGCGGGCAAGCUGUCCCGGUAGUAGCUGGUCACGCCUUGAUAGAAGCAACCGUCUAUCGAGGCGAUUUGGACUUGGCGAUCGAACAAUACAAAGCCCUGCAUAUCAUUUGCGACGGCGGCCCGACAACUACGACAUUCAAUAUUCUUCUCAGAGGGUGUCAGAAGCGCAAAGACCUGGCCAUGUUUCUGGCUGCUGAGAUGGUGGCACGUAAGAUUGAGCCCGACAGUCUCACGUAUGAUCGCCUCCUUCUGGUUUGCCUUAUGGAUGAACAAGACUACGAGGAUGCCUUCCGAUACUAUGAAGAGAUGCGCAACCGAGGCUGGAACCCACGGCCAGCUACUUUCGUUGCAAUGGCACGGAGGUGUGCAAGGGAGCAAGACCAGAGGGCUUGGGAGGUUUUGGAAAUGAUGAAGGAGUGCGGCGUGGAUGCGGACGGCGUGAGACAGCUGAAGUCAUGGUUGGACAACAAUUGGGGCAAGGUGUCUAUGAACGAUCCUAGGAUAACGAGGUAGAACCUAGCAUGAUGUAUUUUCGUAGCUGAAAGAUAUCUGGAUUGAUAAAACGGAAUUAGUUCCUGUUGACGUUUCGGCG